AUGAAGCCCGGCGCCAUGUCCCCGGGCAACCCGAUGAUGCCUCAGAUGCCCGCCGGCGCCAAGCCGUCGAUGACCCCGCCCCCUGGAGCUUUUCCCAUGAAUCCCGCUUAUCAGCAGAUGAUGAUGGGGAUGGCCAAGGUGAAUAUUGAGAGCUUCCUGAAUUGAUUUUCCAUUUACUUACUCAAUUUUUUAGCUUUUCAAUUUGUUUUUUUUUUCUCAUUUCUUGUCGUCUUUUCUAUCAGAUUCUUCAUUUCAAAGGCAGAAAAAUCUCGGAGUCAAAAUAAUUUUUUCCACAUCGAUAAUGAUGGAUUUUUCUUUGCCUCAAGACAGAUUUUAAGCAGUAUCACAAAGAAAAUCGAGAAAAAAAAAAUUAAAAAUGACAAAGAGUUUAUGAAAAAUUGGUUAACGCGUAAACCGUAUACUUCGCUAUAUACAGUAAUCCGAAAAUGCCCAAAAAAUUUUCUUGUAACACCAAAAACCUUGAAAUUUUCAGAACGGAAUGGCCCCGCCCUACGGAUUCCCUCAUCCGGGAAUGAUGAUGCCGCCCCAUAUGCACCCCGGGAUGCCCCCUGCACAGCAGCCGAGUCCUCAUCAAAUGAAUGUCCCUGGUGAGUUUUAAAAGAACAAAUAAUUGAGAAAAAAAUCGCUGCAAAUUUAGAAAACAGGUUUGACAAAAUAAUUUACGAACCAAAAAAUUAAGAAAAAUAGGCGUAAAUGUUAAAGAUAGCUAGAGAUUUCAAAAGUUAGCCGCCGAAACAGUUCUUACGGCACGACAUGGAAUUCAACACAAAGUCAAUAUUUAUCUGUUUAGCUCCUCAGAAUCGGAAAUGAUGAGAAAAUGAGCUGAAGGGGUCUGACAACUGUGAAAAUAUUCGAAUUUUUUCAAAAACUACUUCUUGACCUAAUCAGCCACACAGCACCUGCGAGAAUCGGCUCAAUAUUGGAUUUGUAUUGAAAAACUGCUGUGGUAGAACUAGCUGAAUUGGUGUAAAAGAAAACGAUCACAAAAUGAGAGGGUCAGAAAAACUAUUUUUUUGAAGUAUUCUUCAUCAUUUUUAGCUCAGACAAAAAGUUAAAAAAAAAAAUAAAGUCGUGAAAAAUUCAGAGUUGUUAAAAAGCUCUUCUGACCUUGCAGACUUUUUCAAAGUGAAAAAUGAGGCUCUAAUCAAUUUCGAUUCAAUAAAAAUAAAUUUGAAGGAAUGCUGAUGGUGAGACCGAACGGAGCGAACGCGCCGGACAACGCGGCGGCGAUGAACGCCUGGGCGCCGCAGCUGACGCCUUGCUACCCGCCCGUCUUCCCCCAGCCUCCCGCCACCACUCCCAAUUUGUCAGCUCGUGAGUUUGCAUUGAAUUUUUUUCAAAACUCAAAGCUUUUUGCUGUUUUAAAUUCAAAAGGAGUCCGGAUAUUAAUCCUCUAAACGUAUAAAUGAACUGUUACAACAGGAACAUAAAACACAAAACAAAAAAAAAAACAAUUUUUUUCAGCCAGCGCCCCGUCUUCGGCCGUUCCGACGCCCAACAAAUAA